CUCCAGAUCAGAGGCAGUAGGGAUGACCAGGGAUGUUCUCUGUUUAGUGAGUCCUCCAGAUCAGAGGCAGUAGGGAUGACCAGGACCCUUUUCCUGUCAAAAUGUAUGGAGUAAGAAGUACACCAAGUACACCAUCUUUAGUAAUGUAGUGAAGUAAAACUUGUUGAACAUAUAAAUGGUGGAUUACAGCUCUAUGUUGGUGUAUCUACAGCUCUAUGUUGGUGGAUCUACAGCUCUAUGUUGGUGGAUCUACAGCUCUAUGUUGGUGGAUCUACAGGUCUAUGUUGGUGGAUCUACAGCUCUAUGUUGGUGGAUCUACAGCUCUAUGUUGGUGGAUCUACAGCUCUAUGUUGGUGGAUCUACAGCUCUAUGUUGGUGGAUCUACAGCUCUAUGUUGGUGGCUCUACAACUCUAUGUUGGUGGAUCCACAGCUCUAUGUUGGUGGCUCUACAACUCUAUGUUGGUGGAUCUACAGCUCUAUGUUGGUGGAUCUACAGCUCUAUGUUGGUGGAUCUACAGGUCUAUGUUGAUAGAUCUACAGCUCUAUGUUGGUGGAUCUACAGCUCUAUGUUGGUGGAUCUACAGGUCUAUGUUGGUGGAUCUACAGCUCUAUGUUGGUGGAUCUACAGCUCUAUGUUGGUGGAUCUACAGCUCUAUGUUGGUGGAUCUACAGCUCUAUGUUGGUGGAUCUACAGCUCUAUGUUGGUGGAUCUACAGCUCUAUGUUGGUGGAUCUACAGCCCUAUGUUGGUGGAUCUACAGCUCUAUGUUGGUGGAUCUACAGCUCUAUGUUGGUGGCUCUACAACUCUAUGUUGGUGGAUCUACAGCUCUAUGUUGGUGGCUCUACAACUCUAUGUUGGUGGAUCUACAGCUCUAUGUUGGUGGAUCUACAGCUCUAUGUUGGUGGAUCUACAGGUCUAUGUUGAUAGAUCUACAGAUCUAUGUUGGUGGAUCUACAGCUCUAUGUUGGUGGAUCUACAGCUCUAUGUUGGUGGAUCUACAGGUCUAUGUUGGUGGAUCUACAGCUCUAUGUUGGUGGAUCUACAGCUCUAUGUUGAUGGAUCUACAGGUCUAUGUUGGUGGAUCUACAGCUCUAUGUUGGUGGAUCUACAGCUCUAUGUUGGUGGAUCUACAGCUCUAUGUUGGUGUAUCUACAGCUCUAUGUUGGUGUAUCUACAGCUCUAUGUUGGUGUAUCUACAGCUCUAUGUUGGUGUAUCUACAGCUCUAUGUUGGUGGAUCUACAGCUCUAUGUUGGUGGAUCUACAGCUCUAUGUUGAUAGAUCUACAGCUCUAUGUUGGUGGAUCUACAGCUCUAUGUUGGUGGAUCUACAGCUCUAUGUUGGUGGAUCUACAGGUCUAUGUUGGUGGAUCUACAGCUCUAUGUUGGUGGAUCUACAGCUCUAUGUUGAUGGAUCUACAGCUCUAUGUUGGUGGAUCUACAGCUCUAUGUUGGUGGAUCUACAGCUCUAUGUUGGUGGAUCUACAGCUCUAUGUUGGUGGAUCUACAGGUCUAUGUUGGUGGAUCUACAGGUCUAUGUUGGUGGAUUUACAGGUCUAUGUUGGUGGAUCUACAGCUCUAUGUUGGUGGAUCUACAGCUCUAUGUUGGUGGAUCUACAGCUCUAUGUUGGUGGAUCUACAGCUCUAUGUUGGUGGAUCUACAGCUCUAUGUUGGUGGAUCUACAGCUCUAUGUUGGUGGAUCUACAGCUCUAUGUUGGUGGAUCUACAGCUCUAUGUUGGUGGAUCUACAGCUCUAUGUUGGUGGAUCUACAGCUCUAUGUUGGUGGAUCUACAGGUCUAUGUUGGUGGAUCUACAGCUCUAUGUUGGUGGAUCUACAGCUCUAUGUUGAUAGAUCUACAGCUCUAUGUUGGUGGAUCUACAGCUCUAUGUUGGUGGAUCUACAGCUCUAUGUUGGUGGAUGUUGAAUAACUCGUUUGCUGCUAAUUGGUCUUUCGACCAAUCAAUCAUUUGGGUGAAAUAUCAGAAUUGGGCUGCCUGUGUAAACACAGCCUCUGUGUUGAUUUGGACUAUCCCGUAACCUGUUCUAUAGUCUACUGGUAUGGCAGGUAGCCUAGUGGUUAGAGUGUAGAGGAGGCAG